AUGGGCUCUGUUGUCAUCCCUCACCUUGUCACUGGAUGGCACGUUGAUCAGGCUAUACUUUCUGAAGACUCGCGCCUCGUUGUCAUCCGUUUCGGUCGUGAUCACGAUCCUGACUGCAUGCGUCAAGACGAAGUUCUCUACAAAAUCGCCGACCGGGUCAAAAAUUUCGCCGUCAUCUAUGUCUGCGAUCUCGAUCAGGUUCCAGACUUCAAGCAGAUGUACGAGCUCUACGACCCCGUCACCCUCAUGUUCUUCUUCCGCAACAAACACAUGAUGUGCGAUUUUGGUACUGGUAACAACAACAAAUUGAACUGGGUUUUGGAAGACAAACAGGAACUAAUCGACAUCAUUGAAACUAUCUACAAAGGCGCGAAGAAAGGACGCGGUCUUGUGGUCUCACCAAAGGACUACUCAACUCGCUAUCGAUACUGA